GCGUGUUUGUUCGAGGACAUUGAAAUGGGACUCCUGCUGUCUGUCGUUAUCUCGUACGCAGGCGCUCACGAAGCUAUCGAGUGCGUGAAACACUUGCUCAGUGGCGUCAUACCCAACUCUAAUCCGGACUUCCAAGAACUCGCUGAGUACUACUCCAGCCAACUCAGGAAAGCGGCCAGCCCAGCCUCCGCAGGCGAAUGGAGCAAAGAAUGCGGUCAGGGAUACCUAUUAUUAACCGAGGAUAAAAAUGGAAAACUAAAAUCGGCCGCCGUCAAGUACUACGGUGACAACACAAACUCGACCGCCAUACUGUUCUCCACCAAAAUAUCCAGCUUCGGCCAGGAGUCCCUCGAGGAGAGCCAAGCGAGCGACGACAACCGGAGCGACAGGUACAAUACGACGAAAACGAAAACCAUUCUUACGAACUCUUCAGGCUCGAUCAAUAUUCGACAAAGGAGAAGAUCACCUACGCCUCGUGAAACUAUUUCAGAUUCAAAUCACAACAGCUUUACUUCAAAUACUGUCGCGCCUGAACACAAGGAGGACGAAGGGGCUGACGAGAAACUGACAUGGCAUUACAGACCACUGAGUCCCCCCCGCACCCCGCAACCACUGCCCGAAAUACAUUUCCAAUCAUUCGACGAAGACAAAAGAGGCGAAUACAGCGAAGACUUCCUCAGAUCUCUUGAUGGGAUUAAGUUCCGACCAAUACAACGACACGACCCGAGUGGCAGGCGACGGAGUUUCAAAAAGCGCCACUCAUCGUCGUCGAAUUCUUCCAAAGAUUCGCGAGCUUCACGCGAGGAGGAACUUAAGAUGUUCACGUCUCUCGAGGAAGCUGAGUUCGCGCGUAUGAACAAAGACGACAAACUUGGAGGAAGCACGCCUAAUCUAUCAGCGCGUUCUUAUUCCAGAAGUCGGUCGAGGGAAAACUCGAGGGAGAGAAGGAGUGAGCAAUGGAGCGUGGAAGCGUCAGUGGACAGCGUGGCUUCCGAUGACAAUGUGACGCAAAAGCCGCUGUUGAAAGACGUUCCCAAACUCAACUCCUUCGAGGAAGAGACGAAUGAGACUAAAGAGCUUAUUUUCAGUGGCGAAUACACCAAGGCGAUGAACAAGGACUGGCACAGCGGUCACUUCUGCUGCUGGCAGUGCGACGAGUCGCUGACCGGCCAGCGCUACGUCCUCCGCGAUGAGCACCCUUACUGCAUCAAGUGCUACGAGAGCGUCUUCGCCAACGGCUGCGAGGAAUGCAACAAGACCAUCGGUAUCGACUCUAAGGACCUGUCGUACAAAGACAAGCACUGGCACGAGGCCUGCUUCCUGUGCGCCAAGUGCCGCGUCUCGCUGGUAGACAAGCAGUUCGGCUCCAAGCUCGACAAGAUCUACUGCGGCAACUGCUACGAUGCCCAGUUUGCUAGCCGCUGUGAUGGCUGCGGUGAAGUGUUCCGUGCUGGAACCAAGAAGAUGGAGUACAAGACGAGGCAGUGGCACGAGAAGUGCUUCUGCUGCGUGGUCUGCAAGAACCCCAUUGGCACCAGGAGCUUCAUUCCCAGGGAGCAGGAGAUCUACUGCGCCGGCUGCUACGAAGACAAGUUCGCUACUCGCUGCGUUAAGUGCAACAAGAUCAUCACGCAAGGCGGCGUGACCUACAAGAACGAGCCGUGGCACCGCGAGUGCUUCACGUGCACCAACUGCAACACCUCGCUGGCUGGCCAGCGGUUCACUUCCCGCGACGAGAAACCCUACUGCGCUGACUGCUUCGGAGAACUCUUCGCUAAGCGCUGCACGUCUUGCACCAAGCCUAUUACUGGUAUCGGCGGCACCCGCUUCAUCUCGUUCGAGGACCGCCACUGGCACAACGAUUGCUUCAUCUGCGCGCAGUGCAAGACCUCCCUGGUCGGCAAGGGCUUCAUCACCGACGGCCCCGACAUAAUCUGCCCCGAGUGCGCCAAGCAAAAGCUCAUGUAAAUACGAACUCACGCACAGCUCCCUAACGCUUCCCCUCCUGGCAACACCGUAACACUAUCGAUAAGCUUACCAUCGAGUGAAUCCGCCAAUCGAUUUAGGAAUCGAUUCUCGUUACAUCAAAUGUGACUAAUGUAUUUUUGUGUGCUUAUAGCGAAAAAACCAUUCUACCGGUAGUCGCUAACGCCAGAGACUGGGUCGCGUCUAAAAAGCAGGAUACUUCCAGCGAUGUGCUUUUCGACCUCAUUGACAACGUAAACUUUCACAAGGUCAAUGUCAAACCUUAGACGUUACUUAGACAACUUGUUGACGAUAUUUUUAUACAAAAAUUAAUAACGAAAAUCACAAAAAAAUGUGAAUGCACAAAUUGUGUUAUCAAGUAUUUAAUUUCGCUUUUUGAAAUCUUUUAUUUAUAUAUAUUGACUGUUUAGUUCUGACUAAUUCAACCCUGUAUCUAUCGUUAUGUUGGUAUGUAUUACGUGCUAAUUGCCAUAUUAUUUCGCUUUGGCUGUUGUAUUAGUCUUUAGAUUUAUAAUUGUCAAUUUACCUAGUGCGAUUCACACGAUGCCUUAAUAACAUAUCUAAGUCAAUUUCGAGGGUAUAUUAUUUCUUGUUGUAAAGCCACCUUAUUUAUAAAUUUUGUGAUCUAAGUCUUGCCUUUCUUUGUAAACGCUAAAGGACAAUCUACUGUGUUCAAGGUUUAUAACUAAAGAGGUCCUACAACGCUAGUCUGGUGUCGCCAGAUAUAUAAUUUCUUUUUAUUAAUAGACACCCUACUGGGUGGUAAUAAGUGCUUGUCAUGUAACAUAGUAUAUAAGAAAUUUAUUGAAAGAGUAAUGUACGUGUUAUAUUUUAAGUAUUUAUUUAUACGGGAGUACGCACUUAUUAUCUGUGGGGACGCCGAUGGUGUUGCCGUCACAUUAAAAAAGAAUGAGAUUUUAGAUGUAGUGUUGCCAUUUACGCCAUCGGUAGGUCGCUACCUAACACUAUUGUUAAGUGACAUCUAGUUUUACUAAUAAAAAAUAAUAAUAUAAAAAUAUUUUUGUUCUCGAAUAAGAAUCAGUCGUAAUUGAAUGUUAUCGAUAUUUUUACAUGAUGGUAAAUAUUUAGCGUUUAGUGGUUAAGUGGGUAACAGCUGUGUUUACAUCGCGUCAGCGCCGACCAUGCAAUGAUUGGGGAACACUUUAUAAACGUUACUUGUUAAGGAUUAAAUUAUUCAAAUGUUGAAUUAUUAAUUUAUAAUAAUGUGUACACUUAAAAACGACCGCUUAGCUGUGUGAUCUGAUCUAAUUAAAUAUUUCUAUCUAUCUAUAGAAUGUAAACUAUGAAACGGAAAUAAACGAUUUAAAAGUA